AUUAAAAGCAGAACAAGUACAAAUCUUCCUUCGACUGCGCAUGCGCGACGAGGGGUAACUCACUAUCAUCCGCUACUUCCCUGAAAAUAUCGCUUUCACUCGCACUGCGUGCCACCCGUGGGGGAGAGGUGAGGCGAGGGGGCUCUGGAGGCAUAGGCUGCUGUGUCUGACCCCACGUAUCAUCUAUCCAAAUCAAAAGCAUUUCAGCUCUCUAUGCUCAAACGCUCACUCUUAAUAUAUUAAGGUUCAGUAAAAGAAACAUAUGUAUAGGAAGCAUCGUUCCUGGUCCUCAGUCCUAGCCCUAUCGUCGUUGUGCUGUGCAAUGUGGUGCGUCUUAGCGUAGGUCUAAUUUUAAGUGAAGUUCUCAGGCGCAAUGUUGCGUUUGUUUCUAAGACAACCGUUCACAGGUAAUGUGGCCUCAACAUCAAGCUCUCUUCUUCCCAUCCCGAUUUCAAUCCUAUCGAAUUCGUUUGGGGCUACAUUGAGAAUCGUGUUGCAAAACAAAGCAUCGGUACCCCUCUGCGAGUUAAGGAAAAGGUAUGCUUAUAUCAAUGGAAGAAGCGAAAUGUAUGAAAACAGACACGGUCACGGACGAAGAAUGACAUUGAUGACAAAUGGCUCCGCCUUGCUGGGUAGCGCGACGAAUCGAGCGCGCCUGCGUAGGUUAACUCGGAAUAGGAGGGAUAAUAAUAAUAAGAUGAAGAAGAGAACAAUAAGAGUAAUAAGAGAAAGGAAAAAGAAGAGAAAGAGUAAGAAAUUAAAGAGGAAGAAGAAGGAAAUGAAUAAGAAGAGGGAAAGAGUAAGAGGAAGAAGAAGUGGCAAAACAGAAAGAAGUGGGAAAAGAGAAAGAAGUGGGAAAAGAGAAAGAAGUGGGAAAAGAGAAAGAAGUGGGAAAAGAGAAAGAAGUGCGAAAAGUGAAAGAAAAUUUGGAAAAAGAGAAAGAAUUGGGGGAAAGAGAAAGAAGUGCGAAAAGAGAAAGAAGUGGGAAGAGAGAAAGAAAGAAAGAAGUGGGAAAACAGAGAAAGAAGUGGGGAAAAAGAGAAAGAAGGAGCGGCAAAGGAAAAACUAG